AUGUGGUCGACCGUGCAGCUGCUGAUGAGCAACUUCUUCAUCACGUUCCACGACCUGCGCUUUCAGUGGCUCGCCUUCCUCAAAUGGUUCAGCGCCCUCUACUACUCAUUCGAGGGCCUCGCGCGCGUCGAGUUCGGGGGCGCUGCCUUCGACUGCUCCAGGGGCAUCGACGCGUCGGGCGUCACGUUCCUGAAGCAGCUGCUGCCGCACAGCCGGUUCCUCGACAUGAGCAGCGUCACGGCGGCGCUGAUGCACCCGGGGGACGACUGCGUGGCGGACACGGACGCGCUGCUGCGCUUUUACAGGUUCGAGCGGUCGUUCAAGGACACGGCGAUUACGCUGUCCGCCUACUACGCGUGCACCCACGUCUGCACGUUUUUGAUCAUGCUGAUGGUCGGGCGCAGGGAGCGCCGGUAG